AUGGCACACAGCAAACGAAACACAUCUCGAGCCGUCUUCACAUCCCACGAGCGGGCGCUGGCCAAGUCCGACUGGGCCACCAGCUCCGCGCGCCUGAACCGCGACUCCUUUCUGCCUUUUGGCUCUUGCGGCCUAUGUCUCGGUAUCGCGAGAGAGCCCGUUGCCUGCUUGCGCGGCGACGUCUUCUGUCGCGAAUGUGCGCUCGCCAACAUUCUGGCCCAGAAGAAGGAGAUGAAACGAGCGGACAAGGCACGUCGCGGUGCGAAGCAGGAAGCCGAACAAGCUCGGGCCAUGGAGGACGAGGAGGACCGAGACCGGGCUAUUCGCGACUUCGAGCUGACGCAGGCCGGCCUGUCCUCUGCUAAGAAACGAAGCAAAUCAACACCAAAACCAACACCAACACCAAUUACGCGAGACAAGCCGUCUAAUGCUCUUGUCCUUGCGGGGUCGAAGCGAAAGUUUGCCCUGGACGAGGACGAGGUGAGCCGCAUUGCACAGGAGGACAAGACUAGGGCGAGAAAAGCCAUCGAGGAAGAAAAGGCUGCAAAACCGACGCUGCCUUCUUUCUGGACACCAUCCCUCACCCCCGAUGUCCAGGACAGUAAGCUGCCACCCGCAUCCAGGAAAGACAAAAGUAUACCCAUUUGUCCCUCCUCGCCCGCCGACGACCUGCACCCGAUUUCGAUGCAAAGCCUGGUGACCGUCCACUUCAACGAAGACGUUGGACAAUCCAGCGAGACAAAGCUGCGCACCUGCCCCUCGUGUUUGAAGGCACUAUCCAAUUCUUCGAAGCCGGUCAUGGCAGAGCAGUGCGGCCAUGUUCUAUGCAUGUCUUGCGUCAAGCUCCUCAUGCAGCCGGCCGAGAAGUCGACGCCACAAUCCGAGGCGCCCAUAACGUGCUAUGUAUGUGAUGCACCUGUGGUCUCCAAGAAGUCGAGCAAGAGAGCAGGGCCCAAGGGCUCAUUGCCUUUCGGCCUUGUUGCCUUGAGAUCGGAAGGCACGGGAUUCUCGGCGCGAGGGUCGAACACGGUAGAGAAGUCUAGCAUCGCAUUCCAAUGUUGA